UUACAUUUCGAUGAGAGAAAUUUGAAAUUCGCUCGAAGAUAGUGUUUACAAACCUAAAAAUGCAGCCUCUUCAGUAUUUAGAAUGUUUGUGAAUGAAAGUUAAACGAGCAGGAAAAUAUUUGUCACAUUUAUUGGUCAACCCCAUGAAUUUGAAAGUAAUGAUGUUACAAACACUUUUUAUGUUUACCUUAAAAUUUAUUACUGUCUAUAUCAUUUUGGGAUAAAUGAACUUAAGGAAAGUUAGCUAUCUGAAAAUGCGUGGCGCAUUUCAUGCAGAUUGUUAAGUCAUCUGUUAGAAUUACAGAAUAGUCAUCGAAAAUUAAUUUCGCUUAUAGCAGGCAAAAGAAGUGAAAAUAAUUGUUUUACUUCUUUUUGCAUAGACAGGUAUCUGUAAAAAAUAUUUUAAGGAUUUUCCUGAGUAAUUAUUGAAAUCUAAGUUUCAAUCUGAAGAAUCAAAUCUUCUGAUCUUCUUAUUUCUAUUUUAUACGUUGUUUAUUAUUACUUGGAAGUAUCGGAUUUAGAAAGUACAGAUAGUGGAAUAUUUAAAGUAAAAAGCAUCUCUUUGCCAUAAGCGAAUAAUGACUUAUCACCAGUUUUAGGUGUUUUUGUUGUAAAAAUAUCAGGUAUACGUAGAAUCACGUCAUUAUUAGGAUUAGGAUUUCUGUAAAAUAUUAUAUAAUAAAAAGUUUACUACUCAGUGUCCAAUAUCUUUUUAAACUUUCUUAUGAAAUAUACACGUACGUGAAUGUAAGCAUAAUAGAAUAGUCCAAUUGCUAUAAGAAGUCCUAUUACGUUUACAAAAUGCCAUCCUUUCCAUGCAUAAAAUGGAUCAAAUGCGAAUGCUCUUCUUGUACAAACUCCCAUUCUUCCAGAGAUUUAAAUCCUGACAAAUAAUACUUAUAUGUGUAACCUAAUGUUCGUAAUUAUUGUAAAACAUAACUGUGCAUUGUAGUUAGUGAUUUUUAUAGAUUUGUCAAUUUUAAAUAAGUCGAAAAGUGAGGGGGAGAUGUUCACGUUAAGGGAUGUACUUGAACGAAAGCAUGUCUCAUAAGUAUUUUUUAUUGCAAGAAACGGAAAAUUUUACUAAGUGAAUUUAAUAAGUUGUCUAUGGAUACUAGAUAAUUUGACAUUUACAAAAAUAUAUGAAAGUGUAUAAAUAUCAAAUAUCGAUUAUUUUGAUAUGAGCUGAAUCACGUCUGAAUAAUUUCUAACAAUCACAUAAUAUGGCGCUGAUCAUGGACGCCGUAGAAGGAUUGUUGUCCGAAAAUGGAUUAAAAAUAUGUCAGUUCUGGUAGUUUACUAAUGAAUUAAAUUUUCUGAAAUGAGAUGAUGUUUAGAUAGGAAGAAUUAUGUGUAACCUCCUAAUAUCAGCCAUGGAGACUAAAGUAACUAGCAAGACUAGUAGUUUGAAAGCUCUUUUGCUGCGUGCAUGGAGGGAACGUUGGAGUGAUUUACAGUGGGGUAUUAAUAUCAAAACUAUUUUACCAAGAGGUGUUAGCGGAGAUGUAUAUAAUUUAGCAGACUGUAUAUUACAGCAGGCAUUAGUAGGACUUGGACCAAAUCAAUUAGUACUUUCAUAUUUGAAACAUUCUUUAAGUUCUCAGUUGGUCUCCUACGCGGCUGUGUUACAACGAAUAAGUAAAUACGAUGCCUUUCACAAGCCGCAUUGUAUCUUAAGCCUUCUAGAAUUUUUAGAGUCUAUACAAGUAGGAAUAACGUGCCGUGGUAAACCAGAGGAGGACCUUUUGGCUGCUGCAGUAUUAUCCAUAGUACAUUGGUUAUUACAGUGUUAUUUACAUACUUUGACAAAAAUGCCACAAAACAAUCCAUUGACGCCACAACCAACAGAAUUGAUGGACAAACCAGCCAGUAUAUUGAAGCAGAUGCUUAGCUCUGAUUUCCUUUGUGCUAUGAUGUAUUUAGCCAAGUAUGAUGAUAAAGAUUUGUACAUAGAGGUUGUAAAGAAGUGUCAAGAGAUUGAAGCACUGUUAAAAACUAGUAGUCUCAAGUCUUCUGUUCCUAUAGAGGAAUCUCUAAAAAAAUUGUGCAAUUUGGAAGUUGAUUGCGUAACGCUAUCUCCUGAAAUGUCACAAAUGGAAUCUUUAACUCAUUGCCUGCAACCUUUGUUUGCAGUGCAGGUGUUGCUAAACCCUAGUACAGAGACGUCCGUAUUCGUUAAUCAAAUGCUUAUGGUCCAAAGACUUAAGAAUUAUACAAACGCGAGACUGUAUUGCGAGAUAAUUCGUGCGUGUUUAAUGUGUCUGCACAAUGUUACUAGCACGUUUAAAGAAUCGCAAUGGGGAGCUUUCACUUUUCUGAAAGUACCCCUCAUUUUGAAGGAAUUACACGUGGCGCACACGAAUGGGGACGAUAAAUUGGAAUAUUCGCAAGAUAUUCUAGACGCCUUCGAAUUACUACUCCAAUUUACUCCGCUUCUUGACAUAGUGGACACUGCAUGUUCUUGUAACAGCAUAGAGUGUUUGUUAAAUGCCCUGCAGAAAGUCAACUUAGUUACAGAAAAGCUAACGAAACAAUUAAGUGGCAGAAGGGAAGGCGUUACCGCGACGUUACAGAAAUUAGAAUCGUCCACGUCCACACCCUCCAUUCCUAAAGUAAUUGUACGUGCGGAGCCAACUUUAUCUGGAAUUUUGAAAACCCUCAAUGCAGAUUAUACAAAGAUUCACGAGGCUCUACUUAGUAUGUUAUAUCAAGUUCUGACUGGAAAGAGCUUUGAAUUGAUGUUGGCUGUAGCUACCGUGGAAGGAAAGUUGAAAACUUUUGUUACCAAAUUAAUUAAGUUCAAUGAAUGCAGCAAGCAAAUCAGCGAACCUGUUCCACCAAAGACUGCAGCAACUAGAGCGAUGUUGUUCGAUAUAUCGUUCCUUAUGUUGUGUUCUAUAGUGCAAACUUACGGAUCUGAUGCUGUUUUAGAGGAAGGAGAAGGAGACUCCUUUUUCGAACAGUGGGUACGUGAGUGCAUGCCCGAACGAAACCAACCAAAGUCGCCCCAAAAAAUGCUGCAGAAUAUCGACCCUGCAAGGGUGGAUGCGUUGUUAGCGCAAAUCAAUUCUCCAGAAACGGAUUUGAAAUCUAGUAAUAUAAAGUGGCAUAUCGCGUGUCAGUCGGCUAUGGGGGCUGUGAAAGAGCUUCUCUGUGCGUGGGAGAGCGACGUACUUGGAGCUAGUGACGUUAAAAGAGCUCUAGAUGGUUUGCGUGCAACUGCUUGUUGUUUACCAGUUUGUGCAGCAGCUUGGCUUUGUGCAUAUAUGAGUAUUACUCACCAAGAUGCACUCUUGAAACCUCUAAACAUGGUACAGCACUUUUUAACUCCGCUUCCUGGAGAUGAAAUGCAAGAAAAUCUUAAGGAGCGAUCGAGUUUGAUGUCACAAAUCAUUCGUAAAAUGCAGUAUGAUGUUCAUCCCCCUACACAAUCGAAAACGAAGGUGCUUUCAAUGUCUCAUAGUAUUAUAUCAAGGCAACCUAUAUUGGAGCAAUUAGAAACUGUGUGGGGGAAUAUAAAUCAGCGAGGGUGGAUAAAUAUCCAGGCGACACAAUCUUUGGAAUCUUUGUUAAAUACUGGUGGCUCCUUAUGGUUCGUAACGAAUAUCGUGAAAGAAGUGUUAAAAUAUCGUUAUCAAGAGGAGUUGGACCAAGCGGUAGAUUUAGCGUUCGCCAUUUUUCAUCUCGACAUCGAGAACUGUACCUUAGAUCUCAUCAACCAUAUCAUUCCACAAUAUUUAUAUAACUCUUUACAGAGCGAAGAACUUGUAGAACCACAAUCCUCAGUGUUAGCGAAAUUAUGCGUGUACUGUAUAUUUUCUACGUUAGAAUAUAACAAUUCGAAUCCUUCUCGCGGGAACAGUAAAAAACGAGUUCGUCGAGACUUAGACGCAGAUGAACUGGACGCUCUUGGCAUGCCAGCGAACAAAAUUUUAAGAUUAAAUGACGCAGGAGAUUCUAAACCUAUAUUCGGUUCGCAAAGUCCGCAAGCUCAGGGUUCUACUAAUGGUCAAAAAUCGGUUGUGUUGAGGGACCCUCUUCUCUCAGCGUUAAAUGCAUUGUUCACGAUAUUCACAUUUCUGGCUGGCAGAGAUGGUGAAGUAUCUCAGCAGACUCAUUUUAUACUUCAAUUUUUACGUCUGAUGGUACAAUGCGGAAAAGAUAGAACACGUAUCGUGUUGCAGGGAAUGCCACAAACAUUGGUACCUUGCCUUCUGAAAGCAUUGCCUGAAUUGUUCGCGACUGAUAUUCUGCUAAGAUUUUAUGAUAUUCAAACAGCGGUUGGGAGAAAAGCAACGGCACGUGACUUAUGUAUGCUGAGAAAUAUCAAUCUGAAACCCUCAAAAUGAUCUUAAGAUAUCGCUUGUAUAAUUAUUUUCAAAUACAUGAAUUUAAUAUGAA